AUGGAACCCUGCUUAUUUGCUCGCAAUUUCUGGGGAGAAAAGAACACAGGAUUCGAUGUACUGUAUCAAAAUUUGAAACUGAGUUACCGAUCAACCAGUGAAUUUGCCGAGUUUGUGCGAGAUAGUUCCUCAAUUGAGGACGCUUACUACAAGUCUUUGUUGAAGCUGGCCAAACAGACGGGGUCGUACAGCAACAACAGCGUCAGCAGUUUUAAACCAUGUUGGUCCAUUUUGCGCCAAUUGGUCGAGCAACUAGGACAAUUGCAUCUUGUCUUCGCACAGAGUCGACAAAGUCUUUCAAAGGAUGUUCAAAAGUACCUUGAGGAACAACAGAAACGCCACAAGUCCAUUCGAGAUGCUGAGGCUUCGACUCAGGAAGUCGUGCAUGCGUUCCAGGUUACGGCUGUCCAACUACACCGUGCAAAAGAAGUGUAUCAUUCCCGGUAUGCGGAAUACGAAAGAACAAUGCGGAGCGAAUCCAGCUCGACACGGGAACAGGAGAAAAUGGAAGCGAAGCUAAAGAAAGCCCAGGAUGAAUACAAAUAUUCCGUGGAGAAGUACAAUAAUUUGCGCAAUCAAUUUGUCAGCAAAAUGGCUGCAUCGUGUGCACAAUUUCAGGAAGUAGAGGUGGCUCAUUUGGAACAGAUGCGUGAGUUUAUGCAACGAUAUUCGUCCGUUUGGUCCGCAGCUCGAGAUACAAUGGACAAGUUGUGUGCCCAGUUCAACCAGGACUUGACCCAAAUGACAACAGCGAGAUUGUUGGAUAUGUUUGUGGCCGAACGCGGCACCGGCACCACAGAGCCCCGAAUAGUGCCGUUCGAGGACGCGGAAGUGGCCGCGGUAUUCUCAGCCAAUGCGGAUAAUGCGCCUGUUGCGGUUCGAGCAGUGGACAUGUUCAAUAACGAACAGCGUGCAUCUUCCGCACUUGCCGGUAAGUACCCAAGCACUUACGUCCCCUACCAAUCUACAGCUGUCGGUUCAGCUUCCAAAGAGAAUGGAAAUGCGAGCCAAAACAGUCUAACAGAUCUGAGCGCUGAUGCCGUUUCCGUGGCCAGUGGUUCGUUGGCCACAGUUCCUGCAUCCACAUCCGCUGGUGGACCAACGACAACAACAACAGCGGCAACAGCAACAACAACAACAAAACGUCGUGAGGGAUUUUUUCGACGCCGUCGUAAUUCGCUUACUCAAGAGCCCGGUUUGAGCACGUCAGAUUCGACUACCGUCGCUGAAUCCAUGCGUAUGGGGGCUUUGCAUCCGAUCGGUGGCAGUCUGAGCGCGUUCAAUGUGGUCGCCAAAAGAGGCAUCCGUCGUCUGGGCACACCAUUAUCCAACGGGAAAGAGAAAUUGACAAAUAAGCAAGACUCGAAAUCGGUCGUUUAUGCGUUUCGAUCUGCGGCAAAUUCGGUUAUCUUUGAAAUUCAGUUUCUGUACCAGUGGCUCACGAAAGAAACUGCCCAAGGACAUGAACGAUGCCCUUCGGCUCGACUGUUUUGGCCCACGUAUUUAGCUGCUUCUCAAUUUGACAUUUACAAUCUGAUCGGUGUGCCGAUGAGCUAUGUUUUGAGUAGGAAAAAGAUACCACCGUGCCACUAA